CUUUGAUCACAUAUAUGUACGUUUAGUUCGUUUUUCAAAUGAACGUUUUGUUAGUAAUUUAGAGAUGAGCCCUAAACUAAACAGCGCGUCAUCUGUACAGCAACAGUCAGUCCCAGCAAAAACGAGUCUGUAAAGACAAUCGGAUCGAUCAUGACGACUCACGAGUUUUUUGUGGACAUGACAUGUGAGGGAUGCUCUGGUGCAGUAACUCGAGUGCUUAAAAAACUGGAUGUCAAGUUUGACAUUGAUCUCCCCAAUAAGAAGGUCUUCAUUGAGUCAGACAAAGACACAGAUGUUCUUCUGGAAACACUGAAGAAGACUGGGAAAACUGUUACCUACAUCGGUCCAAAAUGAAAUAUUUCACAUUAAAACACUAUAAGGUCAGAAUCAUGCUGCUUUGAAGAUUAUGAAGUGAUACUCCCUCAUCGGACAGCACAUCACACAUCAGAUAAAUCAACACAUGUCUUUGGGACCACUGAUGGAGAUCUGUUCAGCAGAGCAUUAUGAUAAGCAAUUAUAAUAAUGCUGAAAUAUAACCGUUUACAAUGUGCUUGUUUUCAUGCCACACUUGUCUGCUUGGAAUUGUUGUAAGUGUCCAGUUGAUGGUUCAAAUAAAGAUUCCUGUAUUUACUUAGAGGAAAACAAA